AUGCAUUGCGAGAGAUUUAUAUGUAUCUUGAGAAUACUCGGAACCACGCUGUUUGGGGUGUCGCUUCUGCUCGGGAUCUCAGCCGCUUACAUUGUGGGCUACCAGUUUAUCCAGACGGACAACUAUUACUUCUCGUUUGGGCUCUACGGUGCCAUCCUGGCAUCGCACCUCAUCAUCCAAAGCCUGUUUGCCUUCCUCGAACACCGGAAAAUGAAGCGCUCCCUCGAGACGCCCAUCAAGCUGAGCAAAACGGUGGCCCUUUGCAUCGCCGCCUACCAGGAGGACCCCGACUACUUAAGGAAAUGUUUACUUUCGGUGAAAAGGCUCACCUACCCGGGAAUUAAGGUGAUUAUGGUGAUCGACGGGAAUUCAGAAGAUGAUGUUUACAUGAUGGACAUUUUUAGCGAAAUCAUGGGCAGGGAUAAGUCCGCGACGUACAUCUGGAGGAACAACUUCCACCACAAAGGUCCCGAGGAGACCGACGAGUCCCACCGAGACAGCAUGCAGCACGUCACUCAGCUGGUCCUGUCCAACAAAAGCGUCUGCAUCAUGCAAAAAUGGGGCGGGAAGAGAGAAGUUAUGUACACGGCGUUCAAAGCACUGGGGAGAAGCGUGGAUUAUGUGCAGGUGUGCGAUUCUGACACAAUGCUCGAUCCAGCUUCUUCCGUGGAAAUGGUGAAGGUUUUGGAAGAAGAUCCAAUGGUUGGAGGUGUUGGAGGAGAUGUACAGAUACUGAACAAGUAUGACUCGUGGAUCUCCUUUCUCAGCAGCGUGAGAUACUGGAUGGCGUUUAACAUAGAAAGAGCUUGCCAGUCCUACUUUGGCUGCGUUCAGUGUAUCAGUGGACCUUUGGGGAUGUACAGGAACUCCUUACUCCACGAAUUUGUAGAAGACUGGUACAAUCAGGAGUUCAUGGGAUCUCAGUGUAGCUUUGGAGAUGACCGGCAUCUCACGAACCGAGUACUGAGCCUCGGCUAUGCAACAAAAUACACCGCUCGAUCAAAGUGCCUUACGGAAACGCCGAUAGAAUAUCUCAGGUGGUUGAACCAACAGACCCGUUGGAGUAAGUCCUACUUCCGAGAGUGGUUGUACAAUGCAAUGUGGUUCCACAAGCAUCAUUUGUGGAUGACUUACGAGGCCGUCAUCACGGGCUUCUUCCCAUUUUUUCUCAUUGCCACCGUCAUCCAGCUUUUCUACCGAGGGAAGCUGUGGAACAUCCUCCUCUUCUUGCUGACGGUUCAGCUUGUGGGUCUAAUAAAGUCUUCCUUUGCCAGCUGCCUUAGAGGGAAUGUGGUCAUGGUGUUCAUGUCCCUUUACUCAGUGUUGUACAUGUCAAGUUUACUUCCGGCCAAGAUGUUUGCAAUAGCCACCAUAAACAAGGCAGGGUGGGGCACGUCGGGCAGAAAAACCAUUGUGGUCAACUUCAUAGGACUGAUCCCAGUGUCCAUUUGGUUUACAAUCCUCCUCGGCGGGGUUAUUUUCACAAUCUACAAGGAAUCCAAAAAGCCAUUUUCUGAAUCGAAACAGACAGUGUUGAUCAUCGGCACGAUACUCUACGCGUGCUACUGGGUGAUGCUCUUGACUUUGUACUUAGUGCUCAUCACCAAAUGCGGCCGGCGAAAGAAAGAGCAACAGUACGACAUGGUGCUCGAUGUAUGAUUCGACCACUGUGUCUUCACUCCCGCCAUGUGCGGGGAGUUCUCCGCGUGACCCGACGAACCUUCUAAGCGAACGUGGCACUGAAUUUUAAGAUCUCAUUGAAAGGAAAAGGAUCACUGCUGCUGGGACUUGAACACAUUCAACAAUUUCGUGACCAUGCCAAAGCAAAAACAAACAAACAAACAA